AUGAAUAAUCCCUUCAGACGUCAUAGAAAGUCCAGCGCAUCUGAUAAUGAUCCCUUUGAUAUUCCUGAGAAUUAUUAUGGGGAAUUAACUGAUCCUGCUAAAGCCGAUAAGAAUUCAAGACUUGGAAGAGUUCGAACAUUUUCAGUAUUUGAAUUUAAACCUAGAAAUAAUUUUCUUGAUGAGUUAGCUAGUUUCCAUCCAGAGACCAUUAAGGAAUCUCCUUCCGGUUCUUCAUCAGGUGAGCAGUCUCAAUCUCCAACGCCUGUUCCUAUGCAAGUAUCCUGGUCAAUUACCAAUCAAGAAGAAGGUAAUACUGUUUUACCUAGAAGACAGUCGAUAGUCCCAUUAUAUGCCGCAUCCGAUAGUCAAAUCGGUCUGGAAGAAUCUAUUAGUUUAUCUAAUUCAAAGCCUUCGGCUGGUCAUAAAUUUCAUUAUAGACGUGCUUCAGUUGAUGAUAGCUUUUCAAGACCCAAGAAAUUUUAUAUUCCUGAUAUUAAACAAACUUUAAAGGAAUUAUUAGAUAAUGAAGAUACAGAUCAUAAUUGUCAAAUUACUAUUGAAGAUACUGGACCUAAAGUAUUAAGAUUAGGUACUGCUAAUUCCGGUGGAUUUAAUCAAGCAGCAAUUAGAGGAACUUAUAUGUUAAGUAAUCUUUUACAAGAAUUAACUAUUGCUCAAUCAUUUGGAAGAGAUCAAAUGAUCUUAGAUGAAGAAAGAUUAAAUGAAAAUCCGGUUGCAAGAAUGAAAAGACUUAUUUCAACUCAAUUUUGGAAAUCUUUAACUAGAUGUUUAACUAAAGAUAAUGCCUAUGAAAUGUCAAAGGAUACAAAAAUGAGAGAUGAAUUUAUUGAUGAACAUGGAGAAAUUCAACUGGUUGAAAGUCAUAGAAUUUAUAUUCCUUAUAAUAGAGCCGAUCAAUUUGAAUAUUAUUCAUCAUUUAAAAAGGAAAAUCCAACUAUAAAUUUAGAUGUUGCUUAUUUACCAAAAAAGAUUGAUGCAGAAUUUAUUAAAUCAAUUAAUAAGAAACCAGGAUUAUUGGCUCUUGCAACUUCAACUGAUCCAAUUACUGGUGAAGUUAUUAAUCAACCUUAUAUUGUACCUGGAGGAAGAUUUAAUGAAUUAUAUGGUUGGGAUUCUUAUAUGGAAACCAUUGGAUUAUUAACUGAUGUUGAACCAGGAAAGAAUUUAAAUCAUUUAGCAUUGGCUAGAGGUAUGACAGAGAAUUUUAUUUAUGAGAUUUAUCAUUAUGGGAAAAUCCUUAAUGCGAAUAGAUCUUAUUAUCUUGGUAGAUCUCAACCACCUUUUUUAACUGAUAUGGCAUUAAGAGUAUUUAAUAAAACCAAUGAAGUAUUCCCUGAUAAAUAUGAUGAUACUUUAGAUUUUUUAAAACGGGCAACUAUUGCUGCCAUUAAAGAAUAUAAAACUGUUUGGUGUUGUGAACCUCGGUUAGAUCCAGAAACUGGAUUAUCAUGUUAUCACCCUGAUGGAAUUGGGAUUCCACCAGAAACUGAACCAUCACAUUUUAAUUCAGUAUUAAAACCUUAUGUUGAAAAGUAUGGUUUACCUCAAGAUGAAUUCAUUGAAUUAUAUAAUCUGGGAGAAAUUAAAGAACCUGAUUUGGAUGAAUAUUUCCUUCAUGAUCGUGCCGUUCGUGAAUCGGGUCAUGAUACUUCUUAUAGAUUAGAAGGGAAAUGUGCUCAUCUUGCUACUGUUGAUUUGAAUUCACUUUUAUAUAAAUAUGAAAAUGAUAUUGCCUUUAUUCUUGCCACUUUCUUCUCCAACAAAUUACAAAUUGACGAAGAUGAUUUUGAAGUUAGUCAAAAUUGGCUUGAAAAAGCCACUAUUAGAAGAUUGAAUGUGGAUAAAUAUCUUUGGAAUGGUGAUGAUUCGAUGUAUUAUGAUUAUAAUGUUAAGACAAAACAACAAAGUAAAUAUGAAUCCGCCACAACUUUUUGGCCAUUAUGGUCUAAAUUAUCAACUCAGCAACAGGCAGAUAAAAUGGUUCAAAAUACUUUACCAAAACUUGAAGAAUUUGGAGGUUUAGCCGCAGGAACAGAAUCAUCUCGAGGAGAAAUUAAUUUGAAUAGACCUUCAAGACAAUGGGAUUAUCCUUAUGGUUGGGCUCCUCAACAAAUUCUUGCCUGGAUUGGAUUAACCAAUUAUGAUUAUCAUGGAAUUGCAAGAAGAUUAGCCUAUAGAUGGCUUUAUAUGAUGACUCGAGCCUUUGUUGAUUAUAAUGGAGUUGUGGUAGAAAAAUAUAAUGUUACUAAAGGUGCAGUGGCUCAUCGAGUCGAUGCCGAAUAUGGAAAUCAAGGGUUAGAUUUUAAAGGAGUAGCCACAGAGGGGUUUGGUUGGGUUAAUUCUAGUUACUUAUUGGGACUUACAUAUAUGAAUUUACAGUCCAUUCGAGCUCUUGGCACAUUAACUCCUCCAGAUGUGUUCUUACGUAAUACGAACCCCGUGCAAAGAGCUCAAUUCGAGUAG